GCUUGGCUUCCACUGAACUAAAAAGAAGAAAUAGUGACUGAAAGGGCACAGUUAUCUAUCUAAAAGUAUCGCUCAUGUGUUCGUUGUUGUCUUGUACUAUUGUUCUAUUUGCCAAAUGCGUCCAAAAAAGAGCUUUUAAGGGACCGUUUUUUUUGCUAAUUGUUAGCAUUGCUAAGCCAAGAGUGAAGCUAUACCCGAUCAAGCCAACAUGAAAUGAGUCAAUAACGGGGCUGAUAAGUGACACAUAUCUGGUGUUUGUGCUCCAGGAUGAGGCAGUGUAAAGGCUGGAGGAGUGGACUGCUGCUUCUGGUCCUGCUGGGUUUUCUGGGGACUUUGGCGCAGAAGCUGCCCACGCGAGAUGAGGGCCUUUUCCAGAUGCAGAUCCGAGACAAGUCCAUCUUCCACGACUCGUCCGUCCUUCCCGACGGAGCCGAGGUCAGCGGCUACCUCUUCAGGGACACGGCGAAAAGGUACUACUUUGUGGUGGAAGAAGACAACACGCCGCUGUCGGUGACGGUGACGCCGUGCGACGCGCCGCUGGAAUGGACGCUGACGCUGCAGGAGCUGCCCGAGGAGGCCAGCGGCGAGGCGUCAGGGGAGCCCGAGCCCCUGGACCAGCAGAAGCAGCAGGUGACGGUGGACGAGGGCACGGAGCUGUUCGCCUACAAGGGCAACGACGUGGAGUCCUACGUGGCCACCAGCGCGCCGUCCGGCCUCUACCAGCUGGAGCUGCUGUGCACCGAGAAGGACAGCAACUUCAAGGUGUACGCCUCUACCACACCCGAGUCCGACCAGCCCUACCCGGAGCUGCCCUACGACCCUCGCGUGGACGUCACCUCGCUGGGUCGCACCACCGUCACCCUAGCCUGGAAGCCCACGCCCACGGGUUUCCUGAUGGGCCAGCCGGUGCAGUACUGUGUGGUCAUCAACAAGGAGCACAACUUCAAAAGCAUGUGCGCCGCCGAGGCCAAGAUGGGCGCCGACGAUGCCUUCAUGUUCGCGCCCAAGCCGGGCAGGGACUUCAGUCUGUUCGACUUCGCCCACUUUGGCUUCGUCCCGCCCGGCAAAGACCGAGGCCCGAUGAGCAACAAGAUCUCGCGGGCGUACCCGGCCAAGCCCAAAACGUCAGACAUUCACAAGUUGUGCAUCGGAAACAAAAACAUCUUCACCGUCUCCGACCUGAAGCCUGACACCCAGUACUACUUUGACGUCUUUGCCGUCAACUCCGCCACCAACACCAGCACCGCCUACGUGGGCACCUUCGCCCGCACUAAGGAGGAAGCCCGGCAGAAGACGGUGGAGCUCAAGGACGGCAAAGUGUCAGACGUGUUCAUCAAGAGGAAAGGCAGCAAGUUCCUUCGCUUCGCCCCCGUGUCGUCGCACCAGCGGGUGACGCUUUUCGUGCACGCCUGUCUGGAUGCGGUACAGGUGCAGGUGAGGCGCGAUGGCAAGCUGCUGCUCUCGCAAAACGUGGAGGGCGUGCGGCAGUUCCAGCUGCGCGGAAAGCCCAAGGCCAAGUACCUGAUCCGCCUGCGGGGCAGUCGCAAGGGCGCCUCCACUCUCAAGGUGUUGGCCACCACCCGAGCGGGCAGCAAGCAGCCCUUCCCGUCCCUGCCCGAGGACACCCGCAUCAAGGCCUUCGACAAGCUGCGCACCUGCUCCUCCGUCACCGUGGCCUGGCUGGGGACGCAAGAGCGCAACAAAUACUGCGUCUACCGCAAGGAGGUGGCCGACGACUACGGCGAGGAGCAGAGGCGGCGCGAGCAGAACCGCUGCGCCGGGCCCGAGACGCGGCGCAAGUCGGAGAAGGUUCUGUGCAAGUACUUCCACAGCCCCAACCUGCAGAAGGCGGUGACCACGGAGACGGUGGCGGGGCUGGAGGCCGGAAAGAGCUACCUGCUGGACGUCUACGUGGUGGCGCACAGCGGACACUCGGUCAAGUACCAGAGCAAACUGGUGAAAACGAGGAAGUACUGCUAAAAGUGACUGCCAACAGAAGAAGAAAUCUAUUAUAAAUAUAUAUAUGGAAUAAGUUUAUUUAACUCUUUGAAAGAUAUACAGACUGACUACUCACCUGUGGCGGAGACGGAACUGUUGCUGGAGACAUCCACCUGUAUAUUUAUGUUUACAUUUCCCCCACCUCGUCAGCGGGAUCGUCUUUCGAUCGUCGCUGCGUGACUAUUGACUUUCGAAAAUCAAAAAACCAAAACAAAAAAAAAGACUGAUUAUUUUGUGAUUAUUUAUUUUAUAUAACACGCAAAAGAACAGUCACACUCCACCUCACAGUUCCGAUGGCGAGGGUUUGCACGGUCUCUCGUUUCUGCAGUUGCUUCCUCCCACAUUCCCAAAACAUACGUUAGUUUCCUGGAGGACUCUAAAUUGCCCGUAGAUGAGAAAGAGAAUUGUUAUUUGUCUAUAUACGCCCUGCCAUUGGCUGGCGACCAGGGAUAGGAUUCAGCUCAGCCGCAACACGAAUCACAAAUGAAGAGAAGCGCUAGACGAAAUGGUUGGAUGGAUUUCCCAAAAAAAAAUCAUCAUAAUUGGAAAAAUGGGUCUGGGGCAGGACUGAAAUGCUUUGUUAAUUUUCUUAACUAGAUUUUUUUUUUUUUCAUAUGAAAUUGAUUCGAUGAUUCAUUUUUCUGACUUUUCAGAGUCUGUACUUUUUCCACUUAGAGGUCGGAUGGGUACUUGUACGUUUACCAGUCUUUUUGUUCUUUUUAGCCAUCGCUCCACGCCACAAUCAGUCCGGACAACCGCCGCGAUCCAUCAAAUGAUCCAUCCGCCAUAUUAUACCAUGGACACAAAUCUUGGAAGUCUUAUUGUACAGCUUACAGAGACUAAAGGCUAUCUCGCAGGCUUUUUAAGCCAUUGUUUUCAUUGUGUAAUGACCUAUUGUGAUGCCCUUGCUUGUGGGAAAGGAGAGCCGCAGUCGGCGAUGCACUUUUCAGCCGUCUAUGAAAUGCCGGGAGAAGAGUGAAACACAUUAACACUGCUGCUGUCAGCCACAGCUCACACGCAACACUCACACAGAGAGUCGCCAAUGUUACGAAAUGUACAGUAACCUAUGAAAUGGAUGCUGCCGUUUGUUUUUGUUUUUUUUUUUGUGUCCAAGUGCGUACAAAAAAGUGUGUUUUAACAUGUUCAAACUAUUCAUAGGUUACACCAUAACAAAGAUAUAUAUUUUGAAUGGCCUCUCUAUCUCACAGAUUUCCACCUGUUGCGAUUGUAUCCGCGGCAAAAAAGAUGGAACAUUUCCUGUCAUUUAAAAACAAAAAUCAGAAAAUAAUCAGUCAUUUUUGAUUUCCGAUUGCCAAUUGAAAGUGGAAAGAACGAAUGCUAGCUUGUAUAGACCUCUCGCUGCCUGUUCUCCACCACAUUGUACCAAGACUUUAAAUUAUUUUAUACUUUUUCUCUCUCUGUGUUUCUCUCGAUGAAGUGUUACCAUGACAUUCCCUUGUGUAAUCGCUCUCUUGUGCUUGUGUCCUGUGCUCGGAGAUGUUGUGUUAUCAUCACUGUAUCAACGUGUGUUUGUGUGCGCGAUGGCCUGAAUGUGUGCGCGAGUGUGUGUCACGUGUACAGAGUUGUCCUGCCAAUAUUCAUGUCCAGUACAUAAACACUAAAUAUAGAAGACGUAAUC